AUGCCCCUAUUUCGGGAUCCUGAUCGGCGGCGUCAUUAUCAACGGUCACCGGACUGUGAACAGGACGAACAACCGACAAUGGGGUCCUCAUCAUCCCAUCCAAAUGAGCACAGUCGCCGUGGAAUCGGUGCUUCAGAGAUCUCUUUCAAUUCUAUGGACCCACAGCGACAAAACUCGCCCAAACCAUGGGCGAAUGAUCGAGAGGAGCUCAUACAUCGUAUCAAAGAAUCUUCCCCGUGGAAAGAUCAACAUGUGUCUCCAGCAAGAGAGAGCAACAAUUUAAUUGCUUCUUCAGCAUCACCCAAACACUCCCCAACUGUGGUAAGAGGGCAAGAGAGCUGCUCUCUUAGUCAAGAACAUCAUAUCAACGCGACAGCGGAACUGGGAUCGCCGGCCGAUAUCCAGAGACCCCGAUCAGCGUUACAUUCGGGCGACUUUAGAGAAGGCGCUACAGAUCCCCAUGCUCCCCAUUCUGCUGAAUCUCCUUUCGCUGGGCGAAGGGACGCUUCUUCCUUUGCUCAUCUAAGCUUGUCUCCCACUACUCCCUGGUUUGGAGCACCGGGCUUCUCGCAGGAUUUACAACUAAAAACUCCGUCAAAUGACCAUACUCGGUCCGAUAUUAUUGUGAAUGCUCGGUCUCGUACACCUUCACUGGGCUCCUUCUCAUCAAGUUACGUACUGAAGGCUCCUACCAGCCCUCUGGUACACCAAGCAAAUAACACUGACCUGGACUUCUCGUCUCAUGUUGAUCAUGUGGAUGUUCCGGGGCCCGUGGAGAGAGCAAACCGUCGGCGUACUUUGCCUCCGGAGACUUUUGGGAAUCUCCAGUUCUCCCCGCCAAACCACCAAGUGAUCGGUCUUGGUAGUCCAUGUUCAUAUACACGGCAACAGGAUAUUUUUACCAACCAAGGGUCUUCACCUCGUCGGACAUUGACAUCAGCAUACAGUCUUCAGCUCGCACCCUCACCCGGGGGGCAGGUCCCACCGUCGCGAGUCAGAAGGCCAUCUUUCGCCUUUGAAAUCUCAGCAAAUCACCAUGCACCAAUGGUUGGAUCUUACGAGGAAUCGAUCUUGCGUGGUCGGAUGUCUAUGAAUCCUUCCAAGCCGCUGGAUUUCACGGCUCAGAUCGGUGUACUGGGCAAGGGAAAAUGCAAAGGUCAUCUCAGAUGUCCACCACACGUUACAGUGCCAUUCCCAGUUGUUUUCUACAGCUAUCCGACCUCGGGAUGCGGCCGCUCAAUCUCAGACGACAAUCCAAGUCCCUAUGUAGGCCAGAUCGACCUAGAGAAUUCGCUUCCACAAGAGAACUCGACUCCUACCCGGCGUCGAAGGCCACAUGCAAGUCCGACUGAACCUAGUGAAGGCGCAUCGGCCACAGCUGGAGCAAGUACUACUCGCAUGUCUGAUGCCGAGGCACGACGCCACCGGGAAAAGAAAAGCCGCAGGUCGGAGUCUCCCAAAUGCCCACCGGGAGGAUCUUAUCGAAUCCCGCAGCAAGGUCAGCUACAGAUUAUUAUCAAGAAUCCGCACAAGACUGCCGUCAAGCUGUUCCUGGUCCCGUAUGACUUAGGCGACAUGGAACCUGGCACAAAAACCUUUAUUCGACAACGCAGCUAUUCGGCAGGCCCGAUCAUUGAUAUGCCGCUCAGUGCACGAAAGAACUUUGGAACUGAUCGCCCAGAAGCUUCCUUGAAUGCCACAGAAGAUCCUCAGGACAAACCCACUUUGCGAUACCUCAUCCAUCUCAAUAUCUGUUGUCCUGCGCGUGGUCGCUUUUACCUGCAUUCGACCAUUCGAGUAGUAUUCGCAAACCGUGUCCCGGACGGCAAGGAGAAACUACGCAACGAGAUCCAGAUUCCCGAGCCUCGAUACACUCCAUACAAGCCCUCGCGAGAGUCUUCGCUUUCGAGCACUUCAAGCACAAACGCGCGUCUCGCAGUUGAACAGGCAUCCCGCAGGCGAAGUCUGGGCCAAGGAGCGAUUCCCCAUCCCCGUCCGCACGUGUCAUCUCCCAAUGACCUGCCCCCGCACCAGGGCCUACGAAGAUCCAUAGAUCUUACACAUGGCCCCGAAAACACUCCCCCCUCGGAUAGUACAUCUCUCUACAAUAAAUUCACCAUGGGCGAUGUGAGUUACGGAGGACAAUCUCCUACCUCAAGCCCAAGCCGCCCAGAACCUGGCGAGAGCCUCCUCGCCAAGAGACUCCGAGGCCUUGACGUGCACAGACACGAGUCAACAGUAGACGAGCGACACCCAUCCAAAGCGGGCUUUUACGAUCGCUCUCCCACCCGUGACCACCAUCCUCGCUGA